AUGACGAAUGUUAAUUAUGAUAAUUUGAGAAUAAAAGCGUAUAAGAAUGGUUAAUUGAUAGAUUUGAAUGGCACAUAUAAGUCAGAAGGAAUCUAGGAUGGGGAUAUCAUUCAAUAUUGUUUGUCAGACAUGAUAGUAUAAUUGAUGAUUUGGACUAGGAAUCAGAGAUAAAUAAAAGAAAUGUGUAUACAUUUUUUGGACACAGUGAAGGAUCUAAAAGAGAAAGUGAUAAACCAAUUUAAGAUUACAGAUGAAUGCAAAAUACUACUAAAUGGGUAAGAUUUACAUGAGAAUGAAUAUAUCAAGAAUUUUAAAAAUAAUGUAAUGUUUACAGUAAGUAAGGUGUUUCACUUUAAGAUCGAAUUAUUGUUGGAUAACAAUAUAGAACAAUCAGAAUCCAGAUUCUAUGAGACAGACAGAGUGUCACAAAUGAAGUCUUUAUACACAGAUUUAUUCUAAGACGAGGUUUGUAUUUAGGUCGACAACAAAAAUGAAAAUAAAGAUGAUGACAUAAAUGAUGAUGAUGAAUUGUCAGAAUACAUUGGUAAGGUGCUCAGGAUUUCAAAGAAGAAUAUAAAUGUGAAAUAUAAAAUCUAAGACUUAUAAACUGUGUAUGAGGGUAAAUUUAAUAAGUUUAAGACAUUGGGAGGAAUGCUGGGAGACAUAGCAAAAAGAAAAUCAAGAUGUUAUAUUGCCAAUAACCUAAUGGAUCAAACUAUUAAGUUAAUCGAUCUAAAUUUAGACCCAAACACAGUUAUUACUAUAGAAUCUACUAGUAAAGUUUAAUUGUUUGACUUAAAUAACACUCAUAACGUGGUGGAAAUUGACUUCUACCCAGAAGACAUAAUUGGUUAUGCAAUUAAGAACCAUAUCAAAGGGAAAUGUGUAAUUUAGGAGGGAAAUCGCGAGAUAAACAUUUAAAACUCAUUCCGAGAUGAAAAUAUUUACAAUAACGACCACUUGCACUAUAUUUUAUUAGUGACGAUUAAAUUUAUGAGCUAUAAAACAAAGGAAUUGUAGUAUUAAAAGAUUUGCAGAAUGGACACAAAAAUCAGUUAGAUUCUUAGCCAGAAUCAUCAAAACAAGAUUAGAGUAUAUUAUUUAGAGAGGGAAAUCAAUUAAGACAGCACCUUGGCAGAAUUAGAAGUGCCAGAUUCUUAAGAAUUAUUCAUUGAGGAGUUAGAUAGUACAUUGAUAUUGCAUGUCGAUGAUAAGAUUAGAACUUUAACUAUUGAUUAGAAAAUGACUGUUUAGCUUUUCAAGGAACAACAGAAAUUGAAUAGGGAGAAUUAUUAUCUUUAUCAAUUAAGAGAUUAGACAUAAGCAUUACCCAAUGAUUUCAUUUUGAAAUCUCUACAGAAUAAUAACAAAGAGAUUGAACUAAUAUACAAAUUGGAUCAUAAUAUUAUCAAAAUCAUUUUGAUAGAUUAGGAUGAAAAGGAGUACACAGAAUAUGUGAAGAUGAAUCAAAAAUUUAAGACAUUCUUAUAGGAAUUUAAAUUAAAAUAUAAGUUUAAUGAUGGAGAAAUGUUCUAUGACGGUGCAACAUUAAAUUUAGAUCAGUGUUUCUCAGACCUCUAAAUUACUUAAAAUGCGAAAUUUGAGAUUAUUAUUUGA